AUGCGUCAUUUACCAUGGCGGACCGCCGUUGCAAAAUUCAAUUCCCAAAUGGAGAGUCUUGGAAGAGCCCUUGGAACGUCCGAACCAAUUGUCAUCCAGAACACCCCUGCGGGGUUCGCACUUACUUUCAAAAGCAGAUCCAAGUGUCGACAAUACAAAACAUCAAUUUUCUGCUUUGUGGUUCAACUUCGUUUGGCCCUGAAACAUUUCACAAUGCUCUUGGUGUUUGUCUCCUUCAAGCUUGAUUGGUGUUUAGUUGGGGUUUGCGAAGGCAUGUUUCAGAUCCAUUUUCCCUAUGAUUUGAUGAACGCCGUGCCCAAAUGUGUAGGACCAGAAACAUGCCUGAAGUACUUGCUGGGGUCAUUUCACCAAGCAGGGGGCAGGACAAAGCAGUGA